GCCGGCGCUGCGCCAGAUUGCACUCCGCCCACCAGCGUGCGAGCCUCUCGCUGCCCUUCGCUCCCAGGGCUCCCCUUCCAGCCAGGCUCGCCCCCCUCACCCCGCCCCGUCUCCCUGUGGGCUCCCGGUCCCGAACGUUCCAUUGUCCCUGGAUUGGCCCUGGCGGCCAUGACGUCAUAGCGCCCCCCUUCCCAGACAGCUUCUCAUUUGUCCCUAGCACCAUUGUUACGUCACAAUCAGCCCACGAUCUACUCAGGGGACCGCACUUCCCCCUUCUUCCUCCGCGCGGUGCCCAACCCUUCCCUCCGCGCGUCUGCAGCGUGACAGCGCCGGCCGGCAGCCGCUACCUCGCAGCCUCCCUCCUCCGGCACCCGCCGCCGCUGCCGCCCGAAGCUGCUCGCCGAGUGAGGAGAAGAAAGGGGAAAGGAAGACAGGAACAGCAAGAAAGAGGAGGAAGGACCUUGAACUCACCUUCAAGACACAGCCUAAGAUCACAGCUGCCAGAACUCCUCUGCAUGACUGUGCAACAACUAAGAUCCAGAGAGACUGCCCUUGCCUAGCUAACAGGGGAAGUUUGCCUGCCUUUAUCAGGGUCGUACAAUGGAAUCACUGGAUAAAACAAUCAAUAGCUACCUGGAUGUCUGGCUUGGGCCAAGAGAUCCCCGAGUAAAAGGAUGGCUUCUUCUGGAUAACUAUACACCUACUUUUAUCUUCUCCGUCUUCUACUUAUUAAUCGUAUGGCUAGGACCAAAGUACAUGCAAAAUAAGCAACCAUUCUCAUGCCGGGGAAUUCUAGUGGUCUAUAACCUUGGACUAACGCUACUGUCGCUUUAUAUGUUUUAUGAGCUGCUGACAGGAGUAUGGGAAGGAGGAUACAAUUUCUUCUGUCAGGAUACACACAGUGGAGGUGAAGCUGAUAUGAAGAUCGUACGUGUCCUUUGGUGGUACUACUUGUCCAAACUCAUCGAGUUCAUGGACACCUUCUUUUUCAUUUUGCGAAAGAAUAGUUACCAGAUCACUGUUCUUCAUGUCUAUCACCAUGCAACAAUGCUGAACAUUUGGUGGUUUGUUAUGAACUGGGUGCCUUGUGGUCACUCAUAUUUUGGUGCCACUCUUAACAGCUUUAUCCAUGUCCUCAUGUACUCCUACUAUGGAUUGUCUGCUAUUCCGGCUAUGCGUCCGUAUCUGUGGUGGAAGAAAUACAUCACUCAGGGGCAGCUGACGCAAUUUGUCCUGACAAUCUUCCAGACAAGCUGUGGUGUUGUUUGGCCAUGUGCCUUCCCUAUGGGGUGGCUGUAUUUCCAGAUCUCCUAUAUGAUCUCUUUGAUUAUCCUCUUCACAAAUUUCUACAUUCAGACUUACAAAAAGAAGGCAUCCUCCAAGAGGAAAGAAUAUCAGAAUGGCUCUACAGCCACUGUGAACGGGUACACAAACAGCUUUUCUUCCCUUGAGAACAAUGUGAAACAAAGAAAACAAAGAAUGGAUUGAAGAUCAAACUGAGGAUCCAUUUUGAUAUCACAAACAACAAAAUAAUCGGAUUGUAAGCACAAUAAGAGUUGUGCACUGACACCCUAACAGCAACUGUAACUAUUCCUGCCUAGAAUAGUGCGAUUUAUGUAGGACUUAACCUGUGCAAACACCCUAGAAACUGAAUACAGAAUAUAAAAGUAGGUUAAAGUUAAUAAUUCUAGGCAUCACUGACCCUGCUAUAGACUGUGGAAGGGAGUAUUAUUGUAGUAUAUGACACUGCUGUUGCCUUACUAGUCAAUAUAAUAGGUGCUGAUUCACAGUUUCAAAACACUGUAAUUCAAACUCAUGUUUUUUUACUGUAGAUUAUGCAUGUGAUUGUAAAUGUAAUUUGUACAAUGUUGGUUUCAGUAGGUAAACACACAUGCCUUAAAAAUAAAAAGCAAGGCCCAAAGCUUAUUAUUGUUUUGAAAAUUAGGGUAUGUUUAACUUUGAGUUGAUUGACUUCUUAAGUCAUUUAGAAAAUCAAUUGAUUGUUUUACUGUACUGUAUGUGAUGCAUAACGUUAAACAUCUCCUACAUGUUACAGUGAAAUUGAAAAUGAUGCCUUUAGUUUUGUAUAUUUGGCUUUAAUUGACUAAGCAGUCACAACAGAGAGAAAUUUAUUUUACCUUUUUAAUAGAUCUUAUUUUUUUAUUUUCCAUGUGUCAUUAAUGCUUAAACUGUCCAGCAAGACUUAAAUUAUUGUCUCUAAGAGUUAGGGACUAUACAAGGAGGGUAAACCUUUUUUAUUUCUUUGAUUUGAUAAAUUGCAAAGCAGUUUUUAAUGCUGGAAACUGCCAGUUUCAAGCAUUGUGGUACCACAGCCAUAUUCAAGUUUCAAAAGUGACUGGAUAGUCCUUUUCAAAUGCAAUUAUUCAUAUUUAAGUUGGCAUUUGUAUUGCUAUUUGUGUAGCAUACUUUAAGUCACUUCUUAAAUGUGCCUAGUUCACAAAAAGAUUUUUUCCACAAAGUAAAAUUAAACAGAUGUUCACACACCACUCAAAAAUAAUCACAUGGACAUGUGCUGGAGAUGAGUGUUUGUUUCCUGAGUGUAAGCUGCGUAGAUCACCUGUUACCUUUUGGCUUAUCUACAGAUAUGUGUAGAACUGCUUGUUAAAAUUCCUAUUAAUAUAAAAUCUUGCCUUGCACAAAUGAGGAGUCAGUGGCAAAGCAGACAUCUAUAGCUGAUAUGUUAUCUAUUAUGGUGGAGUUUAGAUUAUGAAUAUGUUUUCAUUGAGCUUGAGAACAUUUAACUAAUCAUGCAAGACAUUCUGUUGGUCAUUUGCUUAAGUUUGUAUGUUAACUAUUUUGUUUGAUAUUUAUAUAAAUAUCAGUUUUAACAUAUUUAACAUUUUAUUUUUUGCACAUUUGUUAGGGAAAUAAUGUUUUCUUAUUAGCCUGGGGUGGGGGUCCCUUAAUUCUUUUAAAAGAGACACAACAUCUGUUUACAUUUACAUUAUCAAAGCUUGUGUGUCUUCAUUUCUAGGUAUUGGUUUGCACAGACUUUACAUAUUUCAGUACAGCAGUUGUAAUGUUCAAACUAUGCUAAGUGUGCUAGAAAUAAACUCUUAGCUCCUCUGAAUAUACCUACAUUGUUAAUGUUAGACAUUGUUUAAUCAUUAAAACAUUUUUGAUUA